AUGGCGUUGGGGGACUUCUUCGCGGACACGACCACUGGAUCAUGGGCCGAUGAUGACUUCCUCCCUACUGCUCCUGCUCCCAAAGACCCGUCCAUCCCCAAGCGCGGUGACCCCGGCUACCUCGACGCCAUGCCCGACCGUGGUGCACGUGGCUUCGGCGGAGCUCCCCAGGACCGCGCCGACGUCCCCAUCCCCACUGCUCCCCCAUACACCGUCUACGUGGGUAACCUCACGUUCGAGACGGACGAGUCUGAGCUCCUCGGUUUCUUUGGCGACCUUACGCCCGUCACUAGCCGUUUGGUCAAGACCGAGGGCAAGUCAAAGGGGUUUGGCUAUGUUGAGUUCAGCAGCGUGGAGAAGUUGAAGCAGGCGCUGGACUUGUCUGGGUCGCAGUUGGGCGGAAGGACCGUGAGGAUCUCGGUGGCUGAGCCUCCAUCCUCGAGGAAAGACUUUGCACCCUCCGCAGCUGAGGAGGCCUCGCAAUGGCGCCGGACCGGUCCUCUACCCGCUCGUGACGCCGCCCCCGCCCCUCGCCGCGGUACCUCCUUUACCUCAUCCCCCGCCGAGGGUGGCGCCGAGCGCGACUGGGGAGCUGCCCGCGGAGCUCGCUUCACACCUUCGCCCCAGGUCGCCCCGUCCUCGCAAUUCGGUGGCGAGAGGAGGGAAUACGGCAGGGAGAGCAGGGAGAACUCGAUGCCUGGUCGAUCGAGGGAGGAGAUGGGUCCGAGCCAGGCGGAUGAUGCGUCGGCAUGGAGAAGCUCAAAGCCGCUCAUCGAUGUUCGGGCGGCGGAUGCGGGACCGGGGAGGUCGAGUGAGCAGAGCAGCCCGGGCUUGGCGGAUACCGAGUCUACCUGGUCUCGAGGAAGCAAGUUGAGGACGCCGGUGACGGAAGCGCCGGUCCGUUCAAACACUGGCUCGCCGGUGGAGAGGGAAUGGAGGAGCUCCAAGCCGGCUGUGGACUCGACGCAGAGCAGUGUCGACGGUGCCACCCCAUCAGAUAGCCCCAAGAUCCCUGCCGCACCCCUUGAGCGCCGAAAACUUACCCUCGCCCCCCGUUCCGCCGCUUCCCCUACCACCGACUCUCCCAAGGUCGACUCCCCCACAUCCCGUUCUUCCAUCUUCGGCGGAGCCCAGCCUAUCGACACAGCCGCCAAGGAGACCGCUGCUGCCGAAAAGCUCAAGAAGCAGGCGGGCGAGCGACGCGCGGCCGAGCACAAGGCGCGCGAGGAGGAAGAUCGCGCCGUCAAGGCGUACGCCGAGGAGCGGGAGAAGAAAAUCAGGGAGGCGCUGGCGGGCGCUGGUGUGGUGACUACACCCCCUGCAGCUCAGCAGGAGCGUGGUGCAGGCGGAGAUCGCGGAGCACGAGGCGGCUUCCGUGUUGGAAGGGGCGGAGGUGGACCGGGGAGACAGCAGAGUGGGGACCGUCAACGGCCACCACACCAGGCUCAGGCACCAUCGCAGGCGCCGCCGGCCAGGCAGAAGGAGGCCAAGGCCGCCCCGGUCUACGACUCGGACGGUUUCGUGGUGGCCACAGGCAAGGGAUCGGCGCCGCCCCCUGCCCAGUCACCGACGACUGCUGCCAAUGCUGGUCAGCCCCGGAAAGAAGUCAAGAAGGGGUUCAGCUUUAGCGCGGCUGUGGCGGCGGGCGGGUUCGCGGACGGUGAGGAGGGGGAGAAGAGCGGAAAGGCAGAGAUGAACGGGGAGGGUAAUGCUGUGGAGGAGGUGACCAAGGGGGUGGAGGACGUCACUGUCUAG